UGUCUUUGGUAUCCGAUAUAACUUGGAAUUGUUGAUUUCAUCUGAAAAUUUAAUAGCAUCUGUCGGCUGCUGGAGAUUUCAAGUAAAUGAUUGGUUUUCUCCCUGAUAUGGAAACAGAAUGUCUUCGAAAAAGUUACCAGUCUUCAACAAUUUGAAAGCUUGGUUCUCCUCCAGUAUUCCUCGAAAGAUGAGAGACUUGUGGAAAAAACAAGGAGGGAAGGAGGUUUCUUCUGUGAAAGAUGCCCAGUUCAUCUUUUCAAGUGAUGCAUCCUGCACUGACACUGUUGAGAUUUACGAGAGCGAGGAGUUCCUUCACGGUUUUCUAACCAUCUUCCAUUCAAGCUAUAUCGAUGCUUGUCUCAAGGAGAAGACCGCCCAUGAGGUAGCCGCAGCUCAGUAUAUUCUGCUCCCUCCAGAUAUGGCAGAUGAUAUCCAGCAGUUGGCUUUUGUUAGUAGGCCUCCCAACCAAGAGAUGGCAGAGACCACCUCGAAGAAGAAACAAGACCAAAGUAGAUCCAAUAAACCAAGUAAAGCAAAUGAAAACACAAACACCAACCACCAUCAAGAAAGGUUAUCAUCUGAACCUUCAACAUCUAAUCAAAGAGAACCUCGGAACAGAGAACCUCCAACAUUUGCUCAUGCAGCUGAUAUUGCCUUCAAGAUUGAUGAUCUGUCCAGCAUCCCGUACGCCAAGUCCUUGCCAAGGUUUGUAGGUGAUAUCAAAGAUUUUAUCCCUGGAGUCAACGGAUGCUCAUUGUCUCUGAAGGCAUCAUGAUAACCAAUGCUUUCAUACGCCAAUUAUUUACAUUUUUAUGUUUCUAAAAGUAACUACCGGUAGCUACAAAAGACUUCAAUAUUGAAAUGGUAGCUUUAUGUAUUAUGUUUUGAGAUUAUCUUCUGAGCAGUAUUGUCUCAGUUCAUUCCAUGUCAUUUUGCUCGUUAUUCUUGCCUUGGGCUCAGGAAUUGCCUAGUACAUAGACUUUUCAUAGAUUCACAUACAUGUAUUAUGUCUUACUCUUAAAUGUGUAUUUUCAUUGAUUUUGUUAUGCAAGUAUUAUGACUGUAUUAUGUAUAUAUUGUUGUGACAUUUGGCUUUAGUGACAGAAUGAAUUACUCAUAUUUUGGAAAUGUUCUGGAGUGACAAAUUAAGGAAAAGUCUACCCCAACACAAAGUUGAUUUGAAUAAAAAGAAAAAAUCCAAGUUAUGA